GAGGGGCCAAGGCCUGGUCUUAAAACCAGGCGGCGGCGGGGGCCCUAAGCAGGGGAGGGCAGGAAGGAAGGAGGGCCCUGACCGCCCUCUCCUUCCCCCUCCCCUCCCCCGCCUAAGCAUGGAUCGCGGCGACGGCGGCGGCGAUGGAGCGGUGGAGGCGACAACAGCGGACGAUCCCGGCCUGGACAAUUUUUUCAUCUGUUGAAUGACAGCUUUCUUCCUGUGAACUGUUGUCGAUGUCUUCGUGCUAUAAAACCAGAGUUCCAUGACCUACACGUGCUUUCUUGCUCUGCUCCCCAAAAACAGUCAUGACUUAGUUAUUUCCAGAUAUUCAUCUUGUUCCACAGGAGUUACUUCACUGAUAUUCUGGAAUACAAGGUGCUCAAUGAAUCGAGAGCCCCCAUGAAUGAUACAGCCAGCUCUUGCCAGCAGAUGGCUAAAAAUUGCACCACACAUGUAGCAGGGAUGGCACAGGAGGACAGUGGUCAAGUACCACCCACUUUCUAUCAUGGUGCCAGCCAGGAACUUGAUUUGUCCACAAAGGUGUACAAAAGGGAGUCUGGGAAUCCUUAUUCGGUACUGGUGGACCCAAAAGCAUGUAAGCCACAUCUCCAUGAAAGAGAGGAGCAGCCAUAUUUCAGGGAGGACAGAAUAGUAGGAGAGGCUCAAGCUGUGAAAGAAGACAGGGAGAACUCUGACGACUUGCAGGAGGAGGACGAGGAAGAAGAUGAAGUGACUUACAAAAGGGAGCAGAUAAUAGUAGAGGUAAACCUUAACAACCAAACAUUAAAUGUUUCAAAAGGGGAGAAAGGGGUCCCUUCCCAAUCCAAAGAAACUGCUGUUCUUAAGACCAGCAGUGAGGAAGAGGAGGGUGACAGUGGGGAGGAAGCGGCCACCGAAGACAGUAAUGAUGAAGAGGAAAAUGAGAGGCAGAAGAAAAAAGAGCAAAGAGAGGAAAAUGAUAGUGUUGCACAAAGGAGGACAAGGAGAGCUGCAUCUACUGCAGCCGCCACAUCUUCCCCUACUUCCAGAACUACAAGGGGCCGUAGAAAGAGCAUUGAGCCUCCCAAGCGUAAGAAGAAAGCUGCAAAGGAGCCCAAGGCACCUGUGCAGAAAUCAAAGUGUGAAGAAAAGGAGACUUUGACCUGUGAGAAGUGCCCCAGGGUGUUUAACACACGCUGGUAUCUGGAGAAGCACAUGAACGUCACUCAUAGGCGCAUGCAGAUCUGCGACAAGUGUGGGAAGAAAUUUGUUCUAGAAAGUGAGCUCUCCCUUCACCAACAAACAGACUGUGAAAAAAACAUUCAGUGUGUUUCCUGUAAUAAGUCAUUCAAGAAGCUUUGGUCCCUCCAUGAACAUAUCAAGAUUGUCCAUGGAUAUGCAGAGAAAAAAUUCUCCUGUGAAAUAUGUGAAAAGAAGUUCUACACUAUGGCUCACGUGCGAAAGCACAUGGUUGCACAUACUAAGGACAUGCCAUUUACAUGUGAAACCUGUGGAAAAUCUUUCAAACGCAGUAUGUCGUUAAAGGUUCAUUCACUACAGCAUUCAGGAGAGAAGCCUUUCCGAUGUGAGAAUUGUGAUGAAAGGUUCCAGUACAAGUAUCAACUUCGUUCCCACAUGAGCAUCCAUAUUGGACACAAACAGUUUAUGUGCCAGUGGUGUGGUAAAGAUUUCAAUAUGAAACAGUACUUUGAUGAGCACAUGAAAACCCACACUGGAGAGAAGCCUUUUAUUUGUGAAAUCUGUGGCAAAAGUUUCACCAGUCGCCCAAACAUGAAGAGACACCGCAGAACUCACACAGGGGAGAAGCCAUAUCCAUGUGAUGUGUGUGGCCAGCGAUUCCGUUUCUCCAAUAUGCUUAAGGCACACAAGGAGAAGUGCUUCCGUGUUACUAGUCCUGUUAACGUUCCACCUUCUGCCCAGAUCUCACUUGCCACAACAUCAUCUGCCACCACUGUACCUUCU